GAACAUUCGAGGCAGAGUUUUUAUAUAUACUGAAUCUUAUUUUCAUGCCUGGGGUCUAUGGUAUUUUAAGGUUCCAUAAUAUUUCUCUGGACUAGUGUUAUCUGCCUUUAUUCUGGUUUGCAUUUUAACUGUCUGGUCAACAAUAUUCCUGGUACUUUCCAGGUACUUUCCAGGUAGUACUUUCCAGGUGGGUCUAUCUUUCCAGGAACAAAUAUUCCACUAUCUCCCUUAGAUAUCCAAUAUGUCCUUUUUGUGACUUUCUUGCUUUUCUUUGGUCAUAUUAUCAGUCAUGCUCUUCAUUAUCACGGUUACACCAACACCACUCAAAUUUAAUUUAUUACCUGUAGCCUAUUUGACUGUUUCUAGAAUUAGCUGUCUUUAUUCUGGUUUGCAUUUUAGCUGUCUGUAUGUAUAACCUUUGUAUAAUUUAUGGGCAGGCUUAAUAUCACAGCUAUAUUUAGGCUACUCAACAUCAUGUUUGAUCAUCCUUGGUACCCAGCCGAAGAUUCGCUUUGAGACUGAAAAAAAGUAAGAAUUGGCAGGAUGGCAGUUUCUCAGCAACAGCCUUUUUGCAAACCAAAAAUGCCAUUCACUGGUCCACUCCUGGGGGGCUUGCAGGAAGGGAAGAGCGUUAUCGUAAUUGGAAGGAUUUUGCCAAAGGCUGGCAGAUUUAAUGUGAACCUUCAGUGUGGUUCUGAAUCCAAUGCUGAUAUUGCUCUGCACUUUAACCCACGCUAUGAUGGCCUUGCAACUGUAGUGUUGAACACUUUCCAGAACUCUUGCUGGGGUUCAGAAGAAUGCAAGUCAGACUCUUUCUUACUCCAAAACCAACCAUUCAUCCUCCAGAUUCUUGUUACCAAGGAGACAUACAAGAUAAGUGUCAACGGGAAAUACUUCAUGGACUAUAAACACCGCAUUCCCUUCACUCGGGUGGACACAAUCUUAGUGGAUAAAUUGAUGGAUCUGGAUUUCAUUGGCUACCAGAAUCCUGUGGUGGUUCCAUACAAAGCCGUGAUCAAUGGUGGACUACAGCCUGAAAAAGACAUUGUCGUUUAUGGAGUUCCUAACCCUGACUCUAAAAUGGUAGUGUUCAAUCUCCGUCACAGAUAUGGGGUUGCACUUCAUUACAAAUCCCUUUUUGAGGAGAAUGUGGUUGUCCGCAAUACCUUUGAGAAUGGGACGUGGGGGGAAGAAGAAAAGUGUGGAGCUGUGCCUUUUAAAAAAGAUCAACUCUUUCAGGUCACCAUCUCCUGCAAUAAAGAGCAGUUCACUGUGUGUGUGAAUGGCCAGCAAGCACACACUUACAAGCAUCGCUAUGCUAAACUGGAGGACAUUGAUGUCUUUGAAUUUUAUGGAGACAUACAACUGUUUUUUGCGAAAACCUAACAAGGAUCCAGGUUUAUUGGAAGUGCAUAUUUACAACUUCCCCUAAUGAGUUA